AUACAUUGCCUAACCCUCACGGCGAGUAGUUUACAGUACUGUAAGAACUCUAGUGCGCCACGUUGAUUAGAGCGUUCUAAUCAGUCCAGUCCUUCUAACCUCAAACCAAGCUAUCCAUUCUACUCUCUUCCUAUAUGGCACCUCUUCUCGUGCUGACGCGAUGACUCAGUUCAUCCGUUCAAUCAACAAGCUUUUUCGGCGUUCGAAGCCCAGGGCGCAUACUGUACACCCAGCACGAGCUAGAAACAGUAUUAGAUGUACGGCGAGGAUCUUUGCUAUUGUCCGCGGACUUCAGCAAAGGCAUAGGUUUCUCGAUGCUUCCAACCCUCAGGCCUCAAUCUUCAGCAUAGCCCAAUAUACAGACUAAAACGAACCGGAACUACUAGCCACUUCCAUCAUCCCUCCAGCCUUGAUUCGGUCAGGCUCCAAGAAGUUCUUUCAGCAGUCGUAACUAACUUUUUUGCGAAAUCGUCGGAUUGGCAUUCGAAAACCACAACGCCACAGUGAAAUGACCUCCUCGGGGCAAUAUGUUGCGGUGUGGAUCUUCUACAGAAUUUCCUGUCUCUUUAUUGUCCCCUUCGCGUUCUCCCCAUCGCUCUAACCGUUCAUUUAAGCCACUGACGCAGCAGUGGGCGAGUCGUUUAUGAUGCAGGCCGGUAAAUUCAGAGUGGCUAUAUGUGGUGGUGGCAUCGGUGGUCUCGUUCAUGCCUGUGCUCUGGCUAAAUUUCCAUCAAUAUCCGUCUGUGUUUACGAACGAGCUUCCGAGGUCUCCACCUUUGGCGCGGGCAUCGGGAUGUGGCCACGUACAUGGGAAGUUUUAAGAAAACUAGGUCUCGCUGAGGAACUCGAGAAAUCUUCUCUCUGCUUUCCUGCUCAAGAUGAAUCACUCGCCUUUUCGUUUAGGAAGAGCAACCAGCUGAAGGGUUUUGAAUUUCUUAACAUGCGGGGAAGCGGCAGUCUCACGACAUUUCACCGAGGCGACUUUCAACGAGCGAUAUUCGCCCAGUUACCUUCCAGCCCAAACUGCCAGAUGUACUACUCUAAACGUCUCCGUUCCUACACAAGGGAAUGCGAUGGGACAAUAAACCUGCAUUUUGAUGACGGGUCCUCUCACGUAUGUGAUGUUCUCGUAGGCGCGGAUGGGAUCAAAUCUAUCACAAGAGCCUGCAUGUUACGGGAGAAGGCUAGCGAGGCUAGAAUCAAGGGGCGACCGCCGCAAGAAAUCAACACGCUCGAGAACUGUAUACAUCCAGAAUUUUCUGGAUAUGUAGUUUACCGCUCAGUUGUACCAAGAGAGAAGCUCGUCGGAAAUGCAAGCGAUACCUUACUGCCUAAAUCCCCCGUCUUGUACGUCGGAAAGGAUUCCUUUAUCCUCGCAUAUCCUAUCGCGUUGGGCCAGAUGAUGAACCUCGUUUUAUUCGACUUCAAGAAAGAGUCGAGGGGAUCGUUAUAUCCGGGUCGAUGGAGCGAAGUAGUCGAUUCUGAUCAAGUACACACCGUCAGUUCAUUCGAGAAAUGGGAGCCUCAAGCCCAGGCAUGGUUAAAGUGUAUGCAUAACCCGACCAAAUGGGCCGUUCACACUGUGAAACCCCUACCCACGUUUAUUUCCCGCAACGUCGUUCUUCUCGGUGAUGCAGCACACGCUUUUACUCCACACCAAGGAACUGGAGCUGGCCAGGCUAUUGAGGACGCGUACGUCCUGGCGGAACUACUCGGUCACCCCCAUACGACUCGUGAGACCAUUCCUCGGGCUCUAAAGAUUUACGAUUCGAUACGACGCCCAUGGACCCAAACAGUGGCUGAGAAAGCUCGAGCCAAUGGGAGUUAUCUGACAUUGGACUUUGAAGGUUUUGAUUUUGAGGGGGCAUCGGAGGAUGCUAUUAAAACACAGCUGGGAAGGAUGAGUGAGAUUAUCAUUGACGAUUGGAGGUGGAGCUGGAACUCGAGCGUGCAGGAGUCUUUAGAGAAUGCGAUUCGGCAAUUAGAAAGGGAGGCCUGGUUGGAUGUGUCGGAGGAAUAG